AUGAUGUUGAUGCUAUGGUUUCCAUUGGACUUAUGCCCAGAUGUGGCUGGUUUUGGUCUACAUACACAAAUAUUAGAAAUGAGCAAUACUGAUCGGAAUUGGAUGUAUGAAAGGCUAGACGCAGAUGGAUUCAUAUCUCCUAUUUUCAGAAAAGGAUUGAAGAAUUUCAUCGAAUUUGCUUGUAGCAAUCCAAGUUUUAUGGAUGGAGAAAAAAUUAAAUGUCCGUGCAAAAAAUGCCUUAACAGACCAUAUCGAGAAGUUGAAGAUGUAAUGUUGCACUUGUGUAAGUUUGGUUUUAUUCCAAACUACUAUUUGUGGGAUAGACAUGGAGAAAAAACAACGGCUUGCACUUCAUCACAGAAGGAUGACACAACCAUGAGUUUGAAUGAACAACAUGAACCGUCUUAUAGGGAAAUGGUUUUGGAUGUUGCAGGCCCUGAUUUCAUGACAAGGCAUAUCGAUGAGGAGCCAAAUCCAGAAGAUAAGAAAUUUUUUGAUAUGCUUAAGGCUGCCGAUAGAGAGUUGUGGUAUGGUUGUGAAAAAGUAACACAAUUGUCAGUUGUGGCUCGGUUAUUGAAUAUCAAAUCAGAAUAUCGCAUUCCUGAGCAAUGUUUUGAUUCAAUUUGUCAAUUGAUGAAGGAUAGUUUACCAAAAGGCAAUACCAUGGUUGAUAGUUUAUAUGAGACAAAAAAAUUAAUACAAGGACUUGGUUUGCCUGUGGAAUUGAUUGACUGUUGUAUGUAUGGAUGCAUGUUAUAUUGGAGAGGCGAUAAAGAUCUUGAUCAAUGCAAAUUUUGUGAAGCGCCAAGGUUUAAAAAGUCAAGAAAUUCUUCUAAGUGUUCACGUGUACCUUUCGCUCGAAUGCAUUAUUUACCUUUGACUCCAAGGCUAAAGAGAUUGUAUGCUUCUCAAGCAACAGCUGCUUUUAUGCGAUGGCAUGCUCAAGAUCAUGGACAUGAUACUGGAGUUAUGUGUCACCCGUCUGAUUCUGAAGCUUGGAAGCAAUUUGAUGUUAUCCAUCCAUUAUUUGCAGCCGAAAAGCGUAAUGUUAGGUUGGGACUAUGCACAGAUGGAUUUCAGCCCCAUGGAACCUCAGGCUCACAACAUUCAACGUGGCCCAUUAUAAUUACACCCUAUAAUUUGCCACCGUCUAUGUGUAUGAAAGAGCCUUACAUGUUUUUGACUGCAAUUGUGCCCGGACCUAAAAACCCUAAGCAAAAGUUAGAUGUUUUCCUUCAACCUGUUAUAGCAGAACUAAAAGAUUUAUGGGAAGAAGACACCGUAACUUAUGAUGUAUCACUUAGACAAAAUUUUCAAAUGAGAGCCGCUUUAAUGUGGACAGUUAGCGAUUUCCCUGCAUAUGGCAUGCUAUCUGGUUGGGCAACUGCGGGUAAGCUAGCAUGUCCACACUGUGGAAAAUAUUCACAAGCAUUUAGGCUGCCAAACGGUUAA